AGGCUAAACCAGAUUAAAUGAACGGAAAUGGAAUCGUGAUUGAAGGCUUUUUAAUCAAAACAAAAUACAUCUAGACUAGAUCAGUUUUAUUUUCUUGAACUUUGUAUAAGCUCGAGGCUCUGUUUGUUUGUGACUUUUCAACUUUGUGCAACUGUUAGUGCAUAGAAUCUUCUUGUCAUAAUGGGUAGCCUCUUCGCGACGCCAUUUCGUGACCGGAAGUUGAAGCUUCAAGAUGUACAGGAAGUCAGAAGUAAUGUUGAGCUCGGAUCCUCAGAGCAGAAGAGUCAAGAUUUGGCGUUCGAUCAGAAAUUGACUUCCACAGUAGGCUCAGAAAACGUGUCUCCUUCUCUUGGCAAAAAAAUGAUCUCCCCAAGUUCUUCCAUAAUUCGAAAGACUUUCACGUCCAGUCUUCAAAGCAAGCUGUCCACUGUACUGAUGAGCAGUGAGCCGACCUUGUUGAAUAGUGACCGAUUGCACAGCUUUGAUAUGAACGACCUGCCGCACAUGAGCAACAUGAGAUAUAUCUUACUGUUCUUCUGCUUCUUGGCCUUCUUCGUGGCUCCAGUUAUCUAUAUGCCUCUUGGAACUAUCCAGUCUGCGUUUUAUCACAAGUGUUUUCUGUUUACUGAAAUCAAAAUAAUGAACAGUAAAGUCUUGCUACGUGACGAUGUGACCAACAACACCUUCUUCCCCACAUUCGACAGCCUGAACACGCAAUGGGGACCUCAGAUUUUCUGCGACUUCACCACAUUCGUUCCCGUGUCUGUGGCCAUUUUUUCUGUCAUCAUCGGAUGGUCAACGUUUACUAUCUGGCCUGCAAUGUUGUCCAUGGGCAAAGGAGGUGUGCUAAUGAUGGUCUAUGUCUCGAUGUGUAUCAUCAGCCUUGUGGCUAUCUCCACAGCGUGUACACUGCUCAAAGUAGGCUAUGAAAACACGUGUUCCAGAUCACUCAGUAUACAACUGGGUUCCUACACUGUUUCCUGCGAAGGACUGGAGACUAUCACUAUCUCAGAACUGUCCAAUAAAGCCUUAGUCCAAGACAUUCAUCGAAGCAUGCGCAUAGCUCAGCUCGGCGCCUGGUGCCUGGUCUGUCUCUCCUCGGCUAAAGUCCUGGUCAGUCUGUACACUUUCCUGAUCAUCUGGUUCCACUUCCACUACGCCCCGUUUUUUAUGGACGACAGUGACACUAUCUACGUAGAGAGCAUUGAGUCACUUUAAGCUACUCUGGCGGCUGUGCCUUUAGUCAGGUCGUGAAAAGCAAAGGUUCGAGUCUUUGUAAAAGUGAAGCUCUUUUGUCUUGUGACUGCAUGCAAACCGGGAGACAUUGAUGUGCAAUACUAUGUAUUAAAUAAUGAUGCAAUUAUUC